AUGAAGAAUUAUUUGAUUAGUUCAAUGAAAUUUAAACAACAUCUAGAAAGUGAUCUAACACAAUCGAACAGUAAACAAAUAGUUAUGGAACCAAUUCAACGAAUAUCUGGUAUCCUAUUUUAUAUUAAGGCUAGUGGUAUAGCAUUAAUACAAUUAAUCAUCAUAUGGGCAAUGAAUACUACUGUAAUAUUAGUUCAUACAUUCAAGGAAUGGUUACAAUCUACAAACUGGUUUGUUGGAUUGUUUUUCUUUUUGGGACUCUUUAUUGAUUUGGAAAUCAUUCUAAUGCCACGAGUGCAAUUUAUUUUUCCAUUAAAUUAUAUACUAUUGAUAUUCAAUUCGAUCAUUCUUUCAAUUCCAGUUUCAAGGUUUCUAUGUGAAUUGAAAACGUUAUGGAUUCCAUGUAAUUGGGUUAUUACAUUGGGAAUUACAUUGCUGACUAUAAUAUUUGGCAAAUUAAUACGUUUCGAUAUACAAACAUCAUUGAAUAUAUUCCUUACUGUUAUAUUCACUUUACAAGCAAUAGUUUAUAUUGCUAUGAUUAUAUUAAAUUAUUAUGGUUACUUUGAUGUCAUUCUGAUUAUUUCUGGAUCAGGAAUGCUACUGACAAUCAUUUAUGAAUUGGCAAUUGCAACUCAAGCAAUUUUUCCAGGUGAUAAACGAUUCAUAUUUCGUGAUAAUCAAUAUUUUCUAUGUGGAUUAGUUCUUGCAACUAUAAUGAUUUGGAUGAAUAUGAUUAUUUCAAUGUUCAUUUCACUUACAUCACCACCAUCUCCUGUUCAUGAACAAUCUUUAUCAUCUGUACAAAAAGUCAGAACACAAAAUCUAACUAAUCAGUUAUCCCAAGAAUUUCAAGGUCAACAUAAACGACUUUGGGCUCAAAUUCGUUCUGCUUUAGAAUCACCAUUUCAACAUGAAUAUACAAAUCAUCAAAGGCAAACUACUAAUGAAAGGAUUUCUCCUGUAGUACUUCUCAUUGUUAAUCGUUGUAUACAUUCAAUGGUCAAUGAUCAAUCUAAACAACAUCAUUCUACAUUUAAUCACAAUGAAAAUGGAUCAUUUCAUUGUUUUAUUACACGUCUUGGUCAAUUAGUUAAUCAUUUAUAUUUGUCAAAUUCUAAAAAUUCAUGUUCAAUUAUAAAAGCUCACCAAUUGGACUCUUUAAAUAAACAAAAGUGA